AUGUCCACAAAAUCGAAAGUAAAUUCUCAGUCGAAUCAGAAUUCGCCUAAUCAUGAAGAGGAGGAGGUGCAACAAGAAAAUCAAAAUCAUUUAGAAGAGAUUGAAGAGAAUGAUGAGUUAGAUGACGAAGAGACUGCCACCGCUGGUGAAGUGCGCUGCCAAGCUUGGAGUUUUGUAGCUAUGACGGUUGGAUCAAUAGGAAUUGGUUUGGUCAUGGUAAUAUCGUCUGCGCUCAUGGGAAUUGGGACGCUCUAUGCACCCGGAAUAUUUAUGUUUAUAUGGUCAAUGAUUAGCACUUGCAUUGCAUUUAACAAGUACAAGCGGUCAAAGAGAAUGUACGCCGAGGAGUCUGACGCUAGACAAGCUGAAAUGGAGGAAUCCCCAGAAGUCGAUGCAUCGUAUCAGAGAGUAGGUGAUCCUGAAAUACCAGCCAACGUUGAUCAGAUUGACGAGCAAUCAGAAAGCUCACAUGUAACAACAAAUGGAAAGGCAAAAUUACCGCCAUCAUAUGAUCGGGAACAUUAAAUGAAAUAUAAUAGGUCUAUGAAUAUUAAGUUAAAGACGAUGUUCAACUGCCGGUUAACUAGCGAAGCAUAUUAUGUCUUCCAAAGUCCAAAGAGAUCAUUUGGUAUCCAAAGAUAUUAGAUUUUACGGACCUCCUGAAGUAUGCGCACAACCUGAACUGGGGUUGUGUACCAGGAUAGGGUUCAGGUCACCAACAUCUUGAUGCGCAUACUUCAGCAGUACCGAUUUUACCUUGACUCGGGUUUGCAAAUCAGAAAAUCAUGACCAACUUUUUAUAGUGUAAAUAUUAUUUGCAUCUUCCUAUUUUUAUUAAUGUCCUCCUUCAUUUAUUAUGUUCCAUCAAAACUAGGCCUACAUCCUUUACAUAA